AUGUCUUCAAGUGACGUUCAGGACCGAGUCGAUCAGCUACUCACCAAGGCGGAGAAGUCCGCCCGCGAUGGUGGCCUUCAGCAGGCCUUCCAAGCCCUCAAAGAAGCCUCACAUCUGGAUGCAGAAAACGCAAAAGUGAAAAAUGCCUUAUUAGCACUGCAGAAACAAGAGGACACUGGGGAUGCCUCUCAUCUCGUGCGCAGCUAUCUCGGCAGCGGACCUGAUCUGGAUGGCGAGAAAGCAGUCUCAGCGUUGAGACAAAAGCAGUUGCCCGAGGACGAAGCCAAUUUUCUACUCGACCUUUUGUUACAAACGACGGCGAAAAGGGACUUGCUUGAUUCGCUGACUGGCGCUCUGCUAUUGAAGAACGUUGCAGCGAGGAAGAAGAUUGCUGGGGACUUCCGGAACAUCGGUCUGAACACGCUGUUUGAUCAGUUCUACGAACGUGGCGAAGAGAGCUUCAAAGCAUUCUCGAACAUCCCACUCGACGAAGCGCCUUGGGCCGACAAAGAUGUGCAGAAAGCCGCACAAGUCGACUUGUUCCGGCUUUGUGUGGCCAAGAUCAUCGAUACCGAUGUCGAUUAUCCAGACCGACUGAUGCAGGCCAUCGCUCGGCAGCUGGCUGUCGCUCCAGAUAAUUUGAGCAGCGCAGUCGAUGGUGAUGUGCUGGAGGUGAUCAUGGAUUGCCUCGACAUACGGCUAGAGUCUCAGUUGCGAGGUCAGGCUAUGCUAGCGACUUCUAAGAUUCUGGAGACGCUGAAGGACACAGGCGAGACACUCUUCGCGCAGUAUCUGGCGGACAAAGUUGCAAGACAGACAAACGAUGAGUUGAUAGUCGCUUUUUCCGCCGCUUCUGCAGUGUUUCCUAUGAUACCCUCGAUCGCAGCUAAGCUGUUCAUGACCGAUGGCUUCGUGCAACAGCUUGUACCUAAUCUUGAGAGGAACUCUGAAGCUGCGUCGCAGGGGCAGAGAAAGAGCAAGACUCUCGAGCAAGCCGCUCUUGAAUUGCUCAGCGCAGCCUGCGUUGACAAGUCUUGCCGUGAAGCAAUCGACAGGUACUGCUCGCCUUGGCUUCACGACUUGUCCGAAGAACGCAACGGCACACAUCAAGCUCUUGCUGCCCUCGUACUUGCAAAAGUGAACGCCGAGUCGCAAGACAGCAUUACUGAAAAGCUUGCCGACCUGGUCUUGGUUGGAGGUGAUGGCGACCAAGCCGUCGAAGGGUUGGCAUACACAUCGUUGCAGCCGAAGAUCAAAGAAGACAUCGCUUCGAAUCAACAAUUGCUCAAGCGACUCGUUGAUGCGCUGAACGAACGUCCAAGUGCUGCUUUCGGCUGCCUGACGAUCUUCACGAACUUGACAGCUUAUCGGCCUGUACAAACCACCGAGCAGAAGAAGAUGGCGCAGCUAAAGGCCUAUGCUGCAUCACAGAAGCCCACGCCGGAUAAUCCGCUGGAUAACGACUCGUACGUGACGGGUCGGGCGAAGAAGCUGCUUGACGCCGAUGUUGUGCCUGCCCUUGUGGCAUGCUGCAAACAAACAAGCUCUCCCACCAACAUCGCCAUGGUCGUCAGAAUCCUACUUGCACUCUCCAAAGAGCAGAAAUACCGAGCGAAGAUGGCACAGCAGGGCGCCGCAAGGUUGCUCCUUCAAAUUCGCGAACGUGUUGCAAAGACCGACAAGUCAACGGCAGAGGCUUCCACUAUCGAGCGCAACGCCUCGCACGCACUGGCGCGGCUACUCAUCUCGGUCAACCCAGCACAUGUUUUCUCUGCAACAUUAUCAGUCUCAACCGCCGUGAGUGCUCUUAUACCACUUCUAUCAUACGAUACAGAAAGCGAGCAGAGAGACCUUCUACCAACCUUUGAAAGUCUGCUAGCUCUCACGAAUCUAGCUUCAAUGGAAGACAACGCGGCUCGAAACGUCCAGAUCCGCAACGCUUGGGACAAGCUGGAAGAUCUGCUCUUCUCCUCCAACACCCUUGUUCAACGUGCUAGCGUUGAGCUAGUGUGUAAUCUCAUGGCAUCACCGUCCGGUGUAGCAAAGUUCGCCGAUGGCUCGAAGGAAGCGAAGAGACGGAUGCAGAUUCUGCUAGCACUUGGGGAUGUCGAGGACUUGGCUACAAGACGUGCUGCUGGAGGCGCACUGGCGAUGCUCACAGAGUGGGAUUCCGCAGUCACCGCUGUUCUGGAGAAGGAGAGAGGGGUCAGUGUCGUGAUUGGGAUGUGUGAGGAUGAUAGCGAUGAGAUGAGGCAUCGGGGGUUUGCUAUCCUCCUGAACGUGCUGAACGCACCGAAAGACGUUGGGGAAAGGCGAUUGAAGGCGGUCAAGGACGCUGAUGGCGUAGAAGUCUUGAAGGAGGCGCUUCGCAAGUCGAAGAGUCAAGAGGUGCUGGGCCUUGGGGUGGAAGUGUUAAAAAAGCUGCAGUAG